AAUAUCAACGUCGCUCUCUGUAUUACUAUGUACAAUAUUGACGUGUUAUUUAUCAGCUCCGGACAGUACAAUAGCCAUCGGAUUAUUGACCGUAAGGCGGUUACGCCAAGUUACGUCACCUAGGGAUAUACGAUUAAACGUGUUUGGACGCAGAUCGAUUUGAUCAACAGACGAAGCAUAUGUUUCGUGCAUUUCAACAAAGAUGGCCAACUGAAGAACAUUAAUUCUAUCCCAAGAGGUAGAUACACAACAAGGGAACAAAAAUGGAGGGAGAAUCGUCAAAUGUUUCCAGUUGCCUACUGGAGGGUCUCCGUAAAAUGUACAAGUCUCAGCGGUUCACUGACGUCAUCGUCAACGUGGAGAACCAGUCUUUUCGGUGUCAUCGGGUCAUACUGUCGUCUGUUUCUCCGUAUUUCGACGCCAUGUUUUCUUCUGGAAUGAAAGAAUCCAACUCCAUGGAAAUAAAUCUUCAUAAAACCAACUCUAAAUUAUUUCACGACAUCCUUCAGUAUGUGUAUUUAGGAAAAGACAUCGUGAAACCAGAUACUGUUGGGGAUCUUCUGCAGAUUUCCUCAAUGCUUCAAAUCACGUGUCUGCAGAUCAGAUGUGAAGAAUACAUAAUAAGAAACAUAGAUGUUAACAACUGCUUAGGAGUCUGGAAACUAGGAAGGUCACAUAACAUUGAAAAACUAGUAGACAAUAGCCACCCUUUUAUUUUAAAUAACUUCGAUGACGUUUGGGAAAGCAGUGACUUUUUGAAACUUGAAAAGGACGAAUUGGAAUGCCUUAUUCGUGACGAAAGGCUAAACGUUUCUUGCGAAGAGGUCGUCUGCAAGGCUCUUUUUCACUGGAUAGCAGCAGACGAGAUUCAAAGGAAAAUAGCAUUUCCGGAGCUCUUCGAACACAUCAGACUCACCUCAGUCAGCCUUGAAUUCCUACUCGAUCAAGUUGAUCAACAUCCUAUGAUUCUUGAACAUAGUGCUUGUCAAACUUCGGUGAAAAAUGCCAUCAAAUACCAUGCGUUGCCGUCAAGGCGCCAAGAGCUAAUUUGGGACGAGAAACCGUAUCGGAAUAACACAGAGCAGGAACAGAUUCUGGCAAUCGUGGGAAAGCGCCUUUCGAGCAAUGAUUCAAUUGUUACAGAAUUUGUCGGAUACAGUUUCGCAAACAAAAAAUGGGUUGCACUUCAACCUAUCGUUGCAGACAUCGGAGAAGACUUCGCAGUUUGCUCUUAUGGUCACGACAUCUUCAUAACCGGCGGGACAACAAAUAUGACCAGUUGUAUAAGAUAUUCUGCAAAAUUGUCGCAGUGGCGGGAACGAUCUACCAUGCAGUGUGGUCGAUACAGACAUUCAAUGGUGGCAAUGUCGGACUCGUUGUUUGUGUUUGGUGGCUACAACUUUGGAACCUUAAACAGCGUCGAACAAUAUGACAUGGGAACUGAAGCAUGGAAACAAGUUGGGGAACUACAUUUUGGUGUUGACAGAAGCUCUGCAGCGGUGAUAGGCGAAAAGGUCUACAUCUUUGGAGGCAGUCUCGGCUUUACCGAGGAAACCGCGGGAAUACAGUGCUUUAACACCAAGACUUUCACGUGCUCAUUGAUUGCUAACCUUCCCAGACCCCCUAAAUUCAGCAGUGCUAUAAAAUUUGCUGACAUAAUAUAUGUCGUAUGUGAUAAUGGAGAGGUGAUAUCCUUCAGUGCUAAUGAAGGGCAUCGUGUAAUCCACAGACUCAAGAGCUUCUCGAGGAAGAACUUCGGUCUCUUCAUCGAUAAAGGAACACCAUGCAUCGUUGGAGGGAACCAGAACGUGUUUUCUGACGAAGAUAAGCUUUGUUCUGAUGUGAUCAAGAUCGCAGAAGAGCCCAGCACGCAUAAUAGCCUUGAACUCCCAUUUCAAAUGGAGGUCAUCAACUGUGUGCGUACUGUUGUUGCGAGAAAGUAUCCACUUUUGGAGUGCGAGUCCUUAAUACGAGAAUUUGUGGACGUGGACUGAUCUAUACGAAAAUUUGUAUUACAAAACAGUGCAAAGAAAUGAUAAAAUUGUUGGUACAAAGUUCCAGCAACAAGUGACGUUUAUCUUCAGUAGUGUAUACGAGUUAGAUGAACAUAAUAUUUAUUUAUUUAUUUAUUUGUGUACAGUACUGGUGUGAUCCCUUUAAGUUCAAGUUUUUAAGGUAAAUGUUUUAAAACGCUACUUUUAAUUCAAUCCAGACACCUCACAUAUGGAUGGUUUAAUACCCCUCCCCCUUCCGAGAAUAUUUUUAUGAGACACGAAAUACAUGAAUUCCCAGCCUUUUAUAUCUAUAUUUCCGAUAUCUAAUGCAUUUUCCAGUACUAGUAUCUUUAUCUACCAGAGGGAGUCAAUCUAAAAAUUAACAAAAGCGGAAAAUAAAUUCGACAACAAUGAUAUCAGAUAGGGAAUAUAGGCAUAAAAGGCUAGGAAUCCAUGCAUUUUAAAUGUGAUCGUGUCUGUAAUAAAAAUUCUCAGGAAAAAGGGGGGGGGGGGUUACACCAUCCAUACGUCAGACGCCCGUAAUUCAAUACACAUGUAUAUAUUAAUAGUUCUUUUAUGUUUUUAUUCCAUAUGAUAAAUUAUUUAUUAAAUAAUUAUAUUCUAAA